UUUCUCUCCCUCUCUCUGUCUCUCUAAAUCAAAAACCCUAAUCCAAUUAACCCCGAAAUUCUCCCUGCAAAUCCCCAAAUCAAAUCAAAACCUAAAAAUCCAAUCACCCAAAAAUGCAGAACCAAAAAAGGGUACUUUGCUCUGAAAAUGAAGACCUUGUAUCUUACAUGCUACAAAAAAGGCAAGAAUUGGUAGAAAGCCCUAAAGGGUUAUCAGAGAAUUUGGAAAUGACACUUUCCAAGGCCUAUAGCAGUGUGUGUUGUUCAACGACUCCUAUCAAGACCCUCAAGGAUUUAUCUCAAAUCAAGGGUGUAGGUAAAUGGAUAGUUAGGCUAAUGGAAGGGUUUUUUGAUAACGGUUCAGGGAGUUCUGAACCAGAAGACUUGACUAAAAAGGGUAAGAGAGCACAAGUAGCAAAACGUUAUCUGCCUCAAAGGAAUUCUGUGUCAUAUGCCUUGCUUAUAACCCUGUACAGGGAGACUGUAAACAGUAAAGAAUUUAUGCAUAAACAAGAGCUUAUUGAUGCUGCUGAAGUGAGCGGACUUUCUCGGGCACCAAUUGUGCCAGAGAAGGGGAAAGGGAAACCAUCCCAAUUUGGAAGUUCAAGGGAGUGGUACAGUGGAUGGAGUUGCAUGACGACAUUGAUAAACAAAGGAUUGGUUGUUAAAUCAAGUUGCCCUGCCAAAUACAUGCUGACUGAUGAAGGGCGGGAAACAGCACGCGAAUGCCUCAUCAGAUCUCGUAUGGAGGAUCCUGGAGAUAAUUUGGCUAAUUUAGAAGGGUCUUCUGAUCUGAACAUCCUUAAUACAUCAGAUAUGGAGUCUGCUCACCCUGAUUCAGCUAGGGGAGCGACAUUUACAUCCGUUGCCUUAAGCAGGCAGAAGAAAUCAAUAGAUGUUCCCCUUGAAUCACUUGAGAGGUUUAUGCGCAUGGGGUACUCCAAAGAAAAAGUUCUUCUUGCUUUUUCUGAAGUCUCAGAAACUUCCCAGUACAAGGAGAUAUCAUUACUUUGGCCAGCUGUUCUGUGUCAUCUUCGAGAAGAUCUCAUUUAUGGUGUGCAUUCAGAGCCUCAAACUCUAACAGAAGACUUCCAAUCAACAUCAACUGCUUGCACAUUUUCAAAUGGUAACAAGCAUGCCUUUUUGAAUUCUAUUAUCAGUCCUGUUGAAAAUGUGGAAAAAGUUUCUUAUCCAAGGCUUUGUAAACAUCCAGGUCAUGUUGAUCUUGCUACUAAGAGCAAUCAAAUGGGUUCCAAUUGCGACGGUCGAAAUAUGCCAAAUCUCACUUCUGCCUGUUCCACUUCCAGUUCAUUUUCCAUGAGAGCUUGCUCAUCAUCUGAGCAUGCUAUGAAAAAGUCAUCUUCGGACCGCUUGGAUACAAAUAUGAAUGUUUUAAGUUUGCCACCUCUGAGCUUGGGGGAGAGAUUUGAGGAUGUAUAUGAAGUUAUCCUAAUAUUGGAUGAUCGAGAGCAGUUUGCCAUUCAGUGUUCGAGGGGUAGGAAACUUAUUGAGUGCAUUUGCAAGGAGCAUAAAAUCAAAAUACAGGUUAGGCGGUUACCAGUUGGAGAUGGAAUCUGGAUAGCUUGCCAUAAAUAUCUGCUCAGUGAAUAUGUUCUUGAUUUUAUUGUUGAGAGAAAGAAAGUUGAUGAUUUGCGUUCUUCAAUAAGGGAUAAUCGUUAUAGAGAUCAGAAACUGAGGCUUCUUAGAUGUGGACUCAAGAAGCUGAUAUAUCUUGUUGAAGGUGAUCCAAAUUCUUCUGAAGCUGCUGAAAGCAUCAAAACAGCCUGUUUUACAACAGAGAUACUGGAGGGCUUUGAUGUUCAGAGAACAAAUUCCUUGCGUGAUACUCUGAAGAAAUACGCUCAUCUUACCCAGUCAAUAACCCAAUAUUAUAGUUUACUGCUGCCUGAGGACCAGUCCAAAAGCACCAGGGUUUGUCCUCCUUUUGAUGAAUUUAUCAAAAGGUGCCAAGAUCUGGAGAAAAUGACAGUUAGUGAUGUAUUUGCCAUUCAGCUUAUGCAGGUUCCGCAAGUGACCGAGGAAACUGCUGUGGCUGUUCUGAAUUUAUAUCCAACACUUCUAUCUCUAGCCCGUGCCUAUUCUCUUCUUGAUGGUGAUGUUUCUGCUCAAGAGGACAUGCUUAGAAAGCAGAGUAGCAAUGCUGUCAGUGCAGUUGCCAGUAGGAACAUCUUCCAAUUAGUCUGGGGAAAAUGAUCAUUGACUUGAGUCUCGUUCCAUCAAAAUAAGAAACCAUACAUGUACCGUGCUCUGCACUUAAAGUUGGAGCACCAUUCUCCAAAAUUCAUGGUUGUAAUCAUCUCUUAUCCCAUGUUUAGAUUCUUGUCUUUGUAAAGCUGAACAUGUGAUAAAGCUUCAACAACCACUGAUUUCAUAAGAAAAUCAAUGAAUUUAUGUGAUUUAUUCCA